UCCGGGUUAGUGGAUGUAAACAGAAGGACGUUCUGCCUUUUGAACUGUCUAUGGUUGAGUCAGUGAAAGGAAACCUGAAGGAAACAUGACCAAACUGGAGCUCUUGAACGUCUUUCUGAACGACAGGCUCACCGCGGCCGCUGAAGAGAUUUUCCGCGCCGUUAAAAACACGGUGGUGGAGUACCAGAGCGAAGUCCUGCGUUCCAAAGAGGAGAACGAGCGACUCAGACGGCUCCUCAAUGUAGCCGUCCAACGGUUACUGCAACCAGAUUCACACUCUGUCCAGCCCCAGGAAGAUGGUCCACCCUGUGAGUCUGAGUGGAGAAGCAGUGUGGAGCUGCUGCCACACAUUAAAGAAGAACCCAAACUCGAGAGCCUGCAGACAGAUGGUUCACCCGAAGCAAGAGACUCAGAGGAGGGGAACUGUAGUCAUGUCGAGCCACCACAGAGGUCACAUCCUCCUCCAGCCCAGACUAUGUGUAGCAGACAAAGUGUCACCCCAUCCCCGCUAUCUUCCCCGGAGAUUAAGACAGAGAGUGACGGAGAGGACAGCAGGGAACAGCAGCCAUGCAACAGCUUACCAUCCUCCAUGACUGUUCAUUCGAACUGCCAAGCGGCGCAAAGCAAUUCUCAGGCCAGCACCGCAAAGAGUCACAGGAUUCUGAAAACAGAGCUGCAAGGGAAAGGCUUAAUUCGCUCAAAUGGAAAACAAAACGCACACUUACUGCAGGUCAAGAAUGUCAGAUUCCAGAGGCCGCCUCCGUCGCGCUCCUCUCACCCAAGCCAGGGCAUCCAGAGGUGGCACAACUGUAAAGAGUGUGGAAAGGGCUUCAGCUUUGCCUGCCAGUUGGAGGUCCACAUGCGCUGGCACACCAAGGAGAAGCCAUACAGCUGCGCAGUGUGCCGAAAGAGCUUCACCACUGUCAGCAUGCUGAAGAGGCACCACCGUAUCCACACAGGGGAAAAGCCCUUCCGCUGUCAUGUCUGCGGGAAAUGCUUCAACCAGUCAGCACACCUCAACACCCACUUCAGGCUGCACACCAGAGAGAGGGCCAGCUGGAGCCGAGCACCACACUCCAAAUGAACAAAGACUCCAUCGGAAACUAAGCCGACAUCUGUAAAAUGCUUUAACUGGCCUAAUACCAGGUUCAAACUCUGUACAAUAAUAGUGGUUGACUGUGUGUUUUGUCUGUUGUGGAGUAAAGUGUGGUACAUUAAGA